AUGAUCCGGUUACCGAGGCUGUAUCAAAGGUACCUAUUAUACUUGGUAGUUUUUGUAGUGAUUGCCCUAUUUUACUUCCUACAGGCGCCAAGAGUUGAAGAGCACAUUGGUUUCGACCUUGCACUCCCGAUAUCACACGUUGAUAAUCUAUGGUUCCAAAAUAAAGGUCUAGAGGGAUUCUCAAAUGACGAUAAGCUAGUUGUAAAUAUAGGCUAUGACGAAUGUUUUCAUAUUGGUCGUUUUUAUGAAGGAUGUUUUAAUCGGCAUGAACUUAAAUCAACUUUAACUGAUGGGCACCAAUACUUACAAAGGAAAAGAAUUCAUAAAGACUUGAGAGGUUCCUUUGGACGCAGGUGGUUUGGAAAGUCAGAAUACCUUUACUAUGAUGUGUUAUACCCUGCUUUGGUGGACUACUUUGGAUCCAACCUAGAAAAGCUAAAUGUUGAGGCAGUAACUGGAAUUUCCAAAUAUCCUAAAGACAAAUCGCUACCCUUUAUGGAUGUAUCCAUCACAUUCGAGCCUAUUAGCAUAGAACUAUUGCAGAAAAGGAGCUACAUAAGCGAUAUUAACAUUCUCUUUGGUGUUGAUUGCAUCCAGCCGAUAGCAAAUUGGACUCUUCAAAAAGAAUUUCCCUUAGUAAAAUACCGCUACAGCGAACCUGCUUAUUUGACUUACAAAUUCGUUGGUACUCGUCCUGUAGACACAGGAGCUCAACGGCUGCAAGAAACUGAUGAAGGAAAGUUCAAAAUUGUUCAGUUGGCGGAUCUCCACUUGGGUGUGGGGGAGUCUGAAUGUAUCGAUGAGUAUCCAAAGCAUGAAGCUUGCAAGGCAGAUCCAAAAACGGAAACUUUCGUUCAACAAGUUCUUGACAUUGAAAAACCGCAGUUGGUUGUUUUUACUGGUGACCAAAUCAUGGGUGAUAGAUCUAUUCAAGACUCUGAAACCGUAUUAUUAAAGGCGGUAGCACCCGUCAUUGCAAGAAAAAUUCCGUGGGCAAUGGUAUGGGGAAAUCACGACGACGAGGGAAGCUUAACGCGCUGGCAGUUAUCCGAAAUAGCUUCAGUACUACCAUAUUCCCUUUUCAAGUUUAGUCCCCAUGAUACACACGAUAAUACGUUUGGCGUUGGUAAUUAUAUUUAUCAGAUUUUUUCGAACAAUGAUACAGAAGUCCCAGUAGGUACACUUUAUUUUCUGGACUCACAUAAAUAUUCUACGGUUGGUAAAAUUUAUCCUGGAUAUGAUUGGAUUAAGGAAUCACAGUGGAAAUACAUUGAAGAUUAUCAUGAUGUGAACUUGAAGUUCAAAACAGGUCUUUCAAUGGCAUUUUUUCACAUCCCACUGCCAGAAUACUUGAAUAUUGAAUCCAAGACACAUCCCGGAGAGAAAAAUCCCCUCAUUGGAAUGUACAAAGAAGGUGUUACUGCACCUAAGUAUAAUUCUGAGGGGAUAACAACUUUGGAUAGGUUAAGUGUGGAUGUCGUCAGUUGCGGACAUGACCAUUGUAACGAUUACUGUCUUCGAGAUGACUCUACGCCGAACAAAAUCUGGCUAUGCUAUGGCGGUGGAGGUGGAGAAGGUGGUUAUGCUGGCUAUGGAGGUACAGAAAGACGUAUCCGUAUUUAUGAAAUUAAUGUAAAUGAGAACAAUAUACACACAUGGAAAAGAUUAAAUGGCAGUCCAAAAGAGAUUUUUGAUUUUCAGUCUAUGUUGGACGGUAAUUCUCCAGAAUCUGUUUAA